AACCGUAUCCCUAGGAUAUGAUCAGCCGAAAUAACCUACAUUUUUUUUCUGAUUUUGAAUACUAACAUACAGAACAUAAAAAUAUUAUAGGACAUGCAAUCCGAAAUAGAUUUAUUAAAGCAACGCAUUACUGAGCUUGAGGCUAGGAAUGUCGAACUUGAGACUGAAAAUGCUGAGAUUCAUGAACUUAGAAAGAAACUUGCCGAGAUACCUGAACUUAGAAAGAAGCUUGCUGAGGUUGAAGCCAGGAAUGUCGAGAUUGAGGCCAGAAAUGCGGAGCUUAUGAAGCAGAUGAUAGAAGAGAAUAACCGACGUGAUGCUAGAAUUGAGAAAUUGGAAGAAAAACAGUUGCAAAAUGAUAAUACUCCUAAUAACAUCUUAUCUAACUUCAAUUCGGGUGCGGUCCAUCAUGAAAAACCGUUAGAGGAGAAAGAGAUGGAUAAUUUCUUGCUUGAGGCUCAUAAGAAAAUCGUUAGUAGUGAAAUAAAGCAACGCAAUAAGGAAAAGAAGCUUCAUACUGAAAGCAUGGCAUCUUCGGGACAAGAGGUUGCGAAGAAAUCAGGCCAAAAUAGUCAAAAGAAAAAGGGCACUGAGAAAAUUGUUCAGGUGAUAACUGAUGGUAUGAUGGCAGAGCCAUCCAUUCAGGAUAAUAUAAAGCAUCAAGAGUCGAAUUCCUCCAAUUCAAAAAAUUCAAAAGCAUUGCAUAUGACUGAAAUUUCAGCGACGGCCCGUCGCCCAAAAUGCUCUUCAUCUCUGCUCGAUUUAGCGAAGCUAUUUGAUAAAGCAUCAGAUGCCGAAUAUCGCACUAAAAAAGCCAACGAGGAAGAAAUCUUAUGCUGGGUUAACUUUGGGAAAGAAUUCAUGGUUCACUUUAGUGAACUCGUGGAAAAUAGCAAUGGCAAAAUCGGAGAGAAAAAAGCAAAAGGUAUAAUUUAUGAUGAGAUGUUAGAACACCUUGUCACCAUUCGUGAGAAGAGAUCAAAAGAAAUGGGUAUACAGCUUCCAAAAAUCUCCCGUAGUUCUCUAACUAGAAGGACUCAAAGGUCUAUGAAGCUUGUUAGAAUAAUCGAGAAAAUAGGUAUAGAUAAAAUUAAGUAUCUUAGUGAAUAUAGUCCCAAUUCCAUUUCAGAGUUGACUAACGAUCAAAUUCAAGAGAUCAUAGAGAGGGUCCCAAAGGGACCACGGGAUAAUUCUGCAGAGCAGGACGAUUUUCCAACUCCUGAAAUUUCAGCCGGAAAUCUUGAGACUAGCGAAAAAAUCUUGCCUGAAGAAAAUUCAUCAUUAUCAGCCGAUUUGGAGGAUUAUGUAAAAACGCUCACGGGGGAUUUUGACGAUGAGACUGCUUAUUGGGGUACACCAUAUGAGAACGAAGCUAGGGUAGAGAAAGAAGAGGUGAACGAGUCCCCCAGGGUCCAGUCAAACGAUGAUGUGUAUUUUAAUGAGGAAGUCGAUCAUGAUUCCACACCCCAUCCAGUGAAAGAAACGAGUGACAACGAUUCUGAAGAAGAGAUGCCAGACGAAUCGGAUGAUGAUGAAUACGAUAGAUACGGUGGAUAUAAUGAAUAUGGUGAAUGUGAUAGAGGUUAUUAUUAUCGUGACGGAAGAUAUGAAAGAAAAACCUCCCCAAUGAUGAGUCCUAUUAUCUCUCCGGUAACCGAUUGUCCUAUAAAUUUAUUACUACGUUUCUUUUUUCCGAAUCACGUGGGUGCUUAGAUAUCGUACUUCUGAAUAUAUCAUGCGCAGUAAGUACGUCAUCUCUACUUCUCCGCAGUAUAUGUUAUGCGCAGUAAGACGUCAUUGAAUUAUUAGCCAGUAGAUCCUGCUUCUAUUGGUUGGAAGUGUGAAGAGUCUUCACGAUUAUCAUAUGACACAGCAUGUAUUGGCAAACUUUAGAAAAAAAACUAGAAUAGAUGAAUAUCGUUCGAAAAAAUAAUCGUGUAUAAUAAAUAGUCUAAAGUCAUAGAAUGGCAUCAUAUAUUCAGGGCU